GCUUCCAAGAAAGAAGAGAAAAAGGACAAGGAAAAGGAUGAAGACAAAGACAAGGACAAGGAUAAGGACAAAGACAAAGAGAAGGAUAACGAAGACAAGGACAAGGAUAAAGAUGAUAAGGAUAAAGAGAAAAAGGAAGCAUCAGAGAAAGAUGAUAAGAAAGAGAAAGAGGAUAAGAAGGAUAAAGAUGAUGAGGUUAAAAUCCAGAUCCCAAAUUAAGAGCUAGCC